CCCGCCGGGUCCUUCCUCCCAGGGCGCUUGGUGAAGGUGGGAAGAGGGGCCACGUCACAGUCUCCAGGCCCGGGGACCCGCGGCUCCGCCCCUCCCACCCCCGCCGGAGCGCUGGGCACGGAUCUAAGACUCACCGGCCCCAGCCCAGGGCCAGCCCAGUCGCCGCCGCCCGCCCACAAAGCCACAGGCAGGUGCAGGCGCUGCUUGGGGGCGAGCGGGCUGAGCGGAGCCGUUAGCGCGCGCCGUCCGUCCGGGCGUCCGAGCCGUCCGCGCGUCCGUCGAGGCAUCCCUCCGUCUGCGCGCGGCAGCUCCCACCCAGGCCCGGCGGCCACGGCCCGUCGUCCUCCCGCACCCUGAGCCGCCCGGCAGAGCCGGCCUUGGCGCGGCAGCCAUGUCCAUGGGCCUGGAGAUCACGGGCACCUCGCUGGCCGUGAUGGGCUGGCUGAGCACCAUCGUGUGCUGCGCGCUGCCCAUGUGGCGCGUGACGGCCUUCAUCGGCAGCAGCAUCAUCACGGCGCAGAUCACCUGGGAGGGCCUGUGGAUGAACUGCGUGGUGCAGAGCACCGGCCAGAUGCAGUGCAAGGUAUACGACUCGCUGCUGGCGCUGCCGCAGGACCUGCAGGCGGCCCGCGCCCUCAUCGUCGUCGCCAUCCUGCUGGCCGCCUUCGGGCUCCUCGUGGCGCUGGUGGGCGCCCAGUGCACCAACUGCGUGCAGGACGACACGGCCAAGGCCAAGAUCACCAUCGUGGCGGGAGUGCUCUUCCUGCUGGCCGCCUUGCUCACGCUGGUACCGGUGUCCUGGUCGGCCAACACCAUCAUCCGGGACUUCUACAACCCCCUGGUGCCGGAGGCGCAGAAGCGUGAGAUGGGCGCGGGCCUGUACGUGGGCUGGGCGGCCGCGGCGCUGCAGCUGCUGGGGGGCGCGCUGCUCUGCUGCUCCUGCCCGCCGCGCGAGAAGAAGUACGCGCCCACCAAGAUCGUCUACUCCGCGCCCCGCUCCGCCGGCCCGGGCACUAGCACAGCCUACGACCGCAAGGACUACGUCUGAGGGGGGACCGGGGGAGACCCCACCACCCCACGGGCGAGAGCGCCCACCGGUGCCGCGUGCGGCCUCUCCUCGGAGACCAGCCCCCCCCCUCCCCCCAGGUGCCAGGAGCUCUCACACUGGACCGGGAGGGACCAACCCCGCGGCCCCUUCCUGGGCGGCACACCCCGCUCCCCGGCCCCACGGCGCGCGGGGGACCACCCCACACGGACAGUGAAACCUCAGCCCCUCCGGAGAGCGGGGCCGGGUGGCCGCCGCUACUUGCCCGCCCCGUCGGGCCUCGGUCCCAAAGCCCGCGUUGGGCAGGGACCGGCAGUCUUGGAAAGGGCCAGUUGAUAUUUUUCAAUAAAAGCCUUUCG